AUGGCAAAAUUAUGGAAUAUAAUAUAUAUACUAAAUAAAAGAUUGUGUAAAGGAGUAUUUAAACCUUUUGUUCAAAGAAUAAAUAUUAGAUUAUAUUCAGUACAAACUACAUUAAUACCUUUAUCUCAUACAAAAUACGAUGCUUUUUCUCAAGUUUUUACAACUCUUUACUCUUUUCCUAAUAUGAAACCUGUACGCUUUCAAAUGUUCCCUGCAAACUUUCUCAAUCUUCCUCUUAGAAAAGAUAUUCUUCAUCGUGCAGUAGUCUAUGAAGCAGAUAAUUUAAGACAAGGAACUGCAUGCAAAAAAAAUAGGGCAGAUGUUCGUGGCUCAAAUCGAAAGAUUCGUCCACAAAAAGGCACAGGUCGUGCUCGUCUUGGAGAUAUUCGAUCCCCAACUAUAAGAGGAGGUGGUCUUGCACAUGCACCUAAACCUCGUGAUUUUUCUACAAAACUUCCACGUAAAAUCUAUUAUUUAGCUAUGCGAACAGCAUUAUCUGCUAGAUACAGAAGAGGACAAAUCAUUGUUAUUAAUCAUACAUUUGAAUUGCCAACACAUAAAACAAAAGCUAUGGUAAACGUGAUAAAGACAUAUGGCUGGGAUUAUGAUGGUGGUGGGACAGUCUUUAUCAUGUAUGCUCGUAGAGAAAACUUUAUAUACUCUACUGCAAAUCUUGGAAAGCAUUGUAUUGUUCGAAAUGUUAAGGAAGUUUCUGUUAAAGAUCUUUUAAUGAAAGAAAGAAUUAUUAUUGAACGUAAAGCACUUGAAUGGCUUGAGGAAAAAACAAGAAUAGAAUAA